AUAUUACGUACUCAACCCCGGUUUUUGUCAGGGCGAAAACGUUCGGUGUUUUUUUGAGUUUUUGUUGGUUUUUGAGUGAUUUUUGUUGCAACAAGUAGUUUAAAAAAAUACGAAAGCUUUAGUGAUUUAAAACAUUUUUAAAUUUAUAGACAUGUUUAAACUAUACUUGAAAAGAGAUUCUAAUCUAUAAAAAUGUUAGAAAGGUGUGAUGCCAAUCAAUUAAUUAUACAAAAAUGCGUAAAUGAUUAAAAUAAUAAAAAAAAAUAAUUACAACCAAAGUUUCUUAUUGGAAUUACUUAUUAUCUUGCGUGCAUAAAAUUGAUUGAAUCGUACACGUUGCGUAAACCUGUCAUUGCCGGUUAACGUUUAAAGUGUAAAAUGGCACGAGUGGUGAAUUUUUUAAAAACAAUAAGGAAUAAUUGGAAAAAAUCAUUGGUUGGAUCAGCAGCUUUGGCAUAUGGAGUUAAUUACAGCAAAGAUGCAUACGAUACGGAGCAGAUGAUGAGAGAAUUUUGCGUGGAAGCUGCAAAAUAUGGGGACAUACCGAUACCUCCUAAAGUUCAGCCGACACAUAUGACUGUUAUUUUGAAUCCUGUGGCUAAAAAAAGGAAAGCAAAAAAAUUGUUCGAGAAAUAUUGUGAGCCACUGCUGCAUCUUGCUGGAAUCGCAAUAACGGUAAUCCAAACCGAAUCGGAGAGUCAAGCACGAACGCUUGUAGCGAAUUUAAAUACUCGAACGGAUGCAAUUAUAGUGGCAGGGGGAGAUGGCACUCUCUCAGACGUUGUUACAGGAUUAAUGAGAAAAUGUCAAUCUAAUGUGACAUAUGUUAAACAGUGUCCAAUAGGUGUUUUGCCAUUAGGUCAAGUGAAUAGGGUUGCAGAUUCUCUAUUAAAAAGAAAGGAGGAUGCAACAGACGCUCGGGCCUUGGCUGAAGCCACGAUGGCGAUUGUUAGAGGAAAUACGAGAUUAUUAGAUACUGUUGAGGUUUCUCCAAUUGAGAAAGAUCCUGAAGAUCCAGUGAAACCGGCAUAUGCUGUUGGUGCAAUAGAAUGGGGAGCCUGGAAAGAUGCUAAUUCGAGAGUUGAUAAAUAUUGGUAUUGGGGUUCUUUAAGAAGAUAUGUUACUUACGUUUUUAAUGGACGUAAGGAUGACUUAAAUUGGAAUUGCAAUGGUGUUAUUCGCUAUUCUGACCCAUGUGACGGUUGCUCACGUUGCUACCAAGAACAAUAUUCUUUUAGUAAAACACAAGCUGAAAAAAGAUGGUGGCACGCAUUUGUUCCUCGAAUCAACACUGCACCGAGAGGCUCUGAUAACGUUGAUUACAGCAAAGUGAAUAACGAAAAUUGUGGAAUAUACAAGGAAGUUCCAAUUGCCUCGACAGAACUUCACAUUACAACAAAUAACGUUUUACUAAACGACGAGGAAUCUGAACCCGGUGUGAAAGUAGAAUUAGGACCAGCGACAGUAAGUUAUACAGAUUUUAUCGCUGAAGGGUGUAAGCGAGUGGGUGGCAAAAAAUCACAAGGAGAGCACAUUAUCAAAGCUAAAAAUAUCGAGCUUCAUCCAGAAAAAGAUGAUUCUUUCGUAAGUAUUAUAAACUUUCAUCAAUUACCCAAAACAAUGUCAUUUUUAAUUUAG